AUGGCCUCCUCCGUGCUGCAGCACGAGCGCGGGGCUAUGCACCGCAUUGCGCCCCGCUCGCACGUGGACGUGGUCGUGGACGGACACGCGUUCCACAUCGAGCGACAGCUGCUCAUCGAGUGCAGCCCGUUCUUCAGGAAGACGCUCGAAAAGCCGGAGAACUGCCACAAGAACAAGCUCAAAUUGUCGGGCGUGUCAGCCGCAACGUUUGCCGUGCUCUACAAUUACAUGACGACCGGCAAGCUGGACAUGAGCCCCGAGAUCGUAGCGGACGUGUUCAACGCUGCGUUCAGGCUGCACAUGUCCGACGUCGUCAAAAAAUGCAUUCAGGUGGAGACCGAGACGACUCCCAUUGGUCAGCAAAUUCUGAUGUACUCUGCGGCACGGCGUCUGAACCUGACCGAGGAAGAGCGCCGGGCGUACAACUUCCUUACGGCCCACUUCAUGUCCGUGGUCGCCACCAAGGAGUUUCUGGAGAUGGACGUAGACGACAUUGUCCUUCUGAUGAGCGCCGACACCAUCGGGUGCCAUUGUGAGGCCGAAGUCUUCGAAGCCGGCAUGAGCUGGCUGAAUUACGCACCCGAACAGCGCCUUGCCAACUCUGAGAAGGUCAUGUCGGCCGUGCGUUUCGACCAGAUGAACCUGAGCGAGCUGAACCAGUGCCUGGACUACCCUGGACUUCCGGAGAUGGUCACCGUAAAAAAGAUCGUCAUUGACGCCAUCACUUCCUGGAUUUCCAACGAAAUUGGAAACAAGGCCCACUCGGACAAGAAAAUGACUCGUCAGUACACACCGCUCGAACGAAAAUCGAACGUUUCAGUGGCCGCUGAAGAUGACGAGCUUUGCUCCGUAUCCGCCAGCGGAGUGUCAGUAUCGGCCGAUCCUGCGAGCGCCACGUACGCAACCUCCGACCGGUCCCUGACAGACAACCCGCUCUUUCAAACGGGUGCCACUCUGGUCCUCAAGGACCAGGCGAAGACGACGGCCAGCGCGGACACCCUGGGCGCUAGUCAAGGGGACGAACGAAGUGCCAACUUCUUUCGCGCGAACAGCGCCACUUUCUUCAGACCUUUGCCGACGAACACGGCUCCUCUCGGUAGACCCAGUCACAACGCGUCCUCCUUCAUAUCGACCCCCAUGACCGGCGACAGCUCGGGUUCCUUCGUAGAGGAAAAGACCCAAGAACAUAAAGUUUCCCAAACCAGAACCGAGGAGGUUCGCACCGUUCAUAUUAUUCGCAAGUCCAGGUCGUCUCGACAUCGCGCGUUAAAUGAACUGUCCCCGUGGUCCAAGACGGACACCGGAAACACGGCGAGUUCAGCGAUCAAGUCGGGAGGCACAAACGUGGUUCCUGCCGCGGGUAAGACAGCGGAAGACCAAAGGUUUGUGGUUCCCCAGUCCAGCGCGAAGCAACAAGAAAACACCGCGCAACAGCAAAAGACUGUCGGAAGUCGGAAGUCCGUCGAGGAGCACUCGACUCGCGAGACCAAAAGUGAACGAGCUCUCAGCACAAGCUAUGCAUCUUCGCAGUACUCGUUUGGUGAGGUGGCCUCGGCAGACCAGAUGCGUGCAGUGCAAGACGCGUCACCCGAUUCGGCUGAUGUAGUUUCUGCGCCGUCGCCGGUUUCGACCCGACCGUCAACGGUAUCUGUCGGGGAAAUGGGUGCUUUCUCAGAGAGAUCAGACUCGGUUGCUGAAUCGUAUCAGGCGAAAGACAUUAGCCGUACUUCUUCCAUGUACAGCCUUGCUGCUGAGGAGCAAGACCUUACCGGCCAGGCUCCCUGGAGGCAUUUUGGAGCAGACAGAUGCCAAGCUCCUCUGAAAAAUGGCAACUCUGGUUUUGGGAAUACGGCCAUCCCUUCAGCUUCCGAGAAAUCUUUUCCAGCUUUUUCAUGGGACAGCGCCGAGAUGUCCGAAUACCAGACGGGCUCGAUAGCGAAGUCUCUUAGCGAGGAGAAGUCCACAAAAGAUAAAUCACAGUCACUAGAAGGAGACGCUCCAGUAACGGUACCCUUCAUGAGGGAAGGUUCCAUGCCCAGAAGCAACUCUAUGGAGUUUGAACACGCCGAAACCAUGAGUGACGAAGAAAUGAAAGAACGUAGUGUUCCGGAAAGUACUACAGACGCGGAUGACCAACCAGCGACGGGUUCUGCCUUAAAUGUAAUCUCAGGAAGAGUAGUAGAAAGAGACAUUCCGAACCUGACGAAAGAAGCGGAUAUGUUUGAACAAAGCAAGAUGGGAGCACCGUCUGCAACGGAACUUGCACCCGACAACGCGCUCCCGGGAAUAUCACCGGGUAUAACCCCAUCUAGUACGCAAAGUGCCGCAUAUACAGUACACACGGUAAAACUAAAGUCUCGAGACUGGAAGCCGCCAAUAACAUUUACACCCGACAAUUCAUUCCCAGGAACGCCAGCGUAUGUAGACUCACCUAGCAACCAAAGCUCUACAGACAAAGUAAAGCAGGAUGGGCAGCAGUGGGAUUCUUCAUUGGUACUUACACCCGACAAGCCGUCUCCGAACUUGUCACCGGGUAUGGUCACACCUAGCACUCCAACCGGUACAGACACAAAAACAUCAGUGCGCGUAGAAUGGUUCCCAUUACCCCUAGUGACCACCGAUGGCGCUGUCACAGCAUUUCCACCAGAAUCUGACUCAGGCGCCAGGGAUACAGUGCCAACUAGUGAAUCAGUUGCGAAAACGGUGGAGACACCCUUGUCUCCGACACCAGGCACGACUCCACAGUUUGAGAAGCUCGCGGAAGGUGCAGAAACGGUGUCGGGAUCCUUUAGUAGAAGUGACAGUGGAACUCCAUCAAACGAACUCGAGGUUGUGUCCCCUCACUCGACGGACCCCGACGAGGAAAAUAGACAGGUCACAGAGCAACAUGAACCCGACAAGAGACCGGCUGAAGAACCUUUUCUCACUGCUUUUUCUGAAGACGUUGUCAAAAAGACGGCGGCCCUAGGUACAGGUACCAAACUUGAUGAGAAGCCGUACCGUGUAGUUUCUGAAGCAAAAGCAGAAGCGGAUAUCCUUAGUGCUCCCGAGGAGAACACGGCAGUUGAGAACAAAGUGUCAGACUCAUCAGUGUUCCUGGCAUCGUCGUUUGAAAGAAGCGAGGAAUUAAGUGAUUCCGGCGAACCGAAAGGGGACCGUGACAGUCCGCUUGAAGACAACGUCGACGCGUUCGGUGAAUCGAUUGAGAUGACGGCAAAGGCGCCCACACAGAUUUCGGCGGCGCUUCUACAGGAGCUCACACAAAAGAAACCGGAUUUUGACUUCGCUGGAAUGUUUGAAGAGGCGGUCGUCCAAUUCCAGCAGACGUCGACACCGGUGGAAACAGUACAGGAAGUUCGGUCGCCGAAGGAUGAAACAGCAAUGACCCUCAAUACCGAAUUCCUGAGCGACGACCCUUUUGUUUGCGAUUCCAGAGCUUCUGAAGCAAAAGCAGGAGCGGAUAUGCUUAGUGCUCCCGAGGAGAACACGGCAGUUGAGAACAAGGUGUCGGACUCAUCAGUGUUCCUUGCGUCGUCGUUCGAGGGAAGCCAGGAAUUAAGUAAUUCCGGCGAACUGAAAGGGGACCGUGACAGUCCGCUUCAAGACAUCGUCGACGCGUUCGGCGAAGCGAGUGAGAUGACCGCAAAGGCGCCCACACAGAUUUCGGCCGCGCUUCUACAGGAGCUCAGACAAAAGAAACCGGAUUCUGACUUCGCUGGAAUUUUUGAAGAGGCGGGGGUCCAAUUCCAGCAAACGUCGACACCGGUGGAAACAGCACAGGAAGUUCAGUCGUCAAAGGAUGAAACAGCGAUGACCCUCAAUACCGAAUUCCUGAGCGACGACCCUUUUGUUUGCGAUUCCAGAGCCGAAACCGCGCCAGAUUCGGCGGGAAAAAGCGAAACCUUCAGCGAAUUUAGCAACAUACAGGCGAGCAAAAGCGUAUCCCUCCUUGAAACGAACAGGUUCUUCAGUGAAUCAAACGAGAGGCCCGCCAGCAUUGAUGUCUCGCUCGCCAAACCAGAAAAACUGCAGACGGGUCUUGAGACUGCGACAGCGGAGCCUGACGUUGAUGUUUCCAACGCUGAGAUAGAGCUGCUUCGAGAAAACCUUAAGGGUUCUCCGCUGGAGCCUGGCGAGUCCCUAUCUGAAGCCAUUUUGAACUUCGGUGAGAGACCGGAAGAAAAGAGGCAAAUUCUGUCCUCGGAGACUCCUACGGAAACAGAAGCUCCGAAGAUGACGGAGGAGUCACCUGACAAGCCGCAAGAAGACGAGCUGGAAGAACAAAGCGGAAGUGAGGAGGGGUCAGUUGCAAACGAGAAAUCCACGCCUGGCGAAUUGAGCCCCAUCGAGGCUGGGGCUGCCGAGGAGAAAGUCAGCAAGAAACUUCAUGAAAAAGUAUCUCCAACGGACAUCAAGAAACCCGUAAUCGAGAACACGCAAGUUGAGCUCGGUGAAGAUCAAGAAUUGACAAAAAGUGUCGAGCCAAAAACAACCGACGGGAAAGGGUAUGAGGAGAUAGAACAAGAGUCUAGUGAUCCAAAGAAAGCCAUCGUACCGAAAGAGACUGAUUUUAUUAUGCCUCAAGCUAACCCGGAGUGGACCACGCAUCAGCUUGCCGGCGGAAAAAGCAGUUCCGUGUUCAGCUCCGAUGCAGAGGUUCCAUCGGCAUCGUCAACAAUACCGACCAUCGGUACCAACGGUUUGACUCCUCCAGCCGGCGAGCUACGCUCAGUCUCAGGAGAAAGCAUGACAACCGGAUACAUGCCGGCCGUUUCCGAGGGCGUUGGUAGUGACUGUGUAACAGACUGGUCCCAGGUGCCUUUCACUACCACAAGCACCCUGUCCGCGACAAGCAGCCUGCAACCCGCGACCCAUGAGGAGCACAGCGCCCAGUUUGCCUUAUCAACUAGCUCUGCGACUGACAAUGUUUCCGGACAGGUAUCGGGCCUGCUCGAUGAAAAAUCAGACAAAUGUUCUGAAAGACCCCUUUUGACGCUUCUUAUGGAGGCGCGCAGUGACGGCAGUGUGUUGAAAGACACAGUGGAACCCACGACUUCGAAUGAGUUCGAGAGACCAAGGUCUGUCAAUAAAAUUGAAAGCAAAGAAUGUCCCAGCGCGGCUUCGGAAACCGGUAAGUCGAAAAGCACUGUUCCAGCUGCUUCGUUUGUUUCCGACGUAGACAUCCUUUCUUCUGUAAUGUUGGGCGAAAAAACCAAACCUCUCAAGUCAACGAGCGAGAAAGGUUUAGGUGAACGCAGCCAACAGUACGUGUUGCAUAAGACACGCAUCUUCGCCUCCACCCCGACAUAUUCUGUAGAACUGGUUGAUGACAACGUUACCCCUUUCUCGAUACUCUCAGAAGUGACAGAGGAAAGUUCUGCGAAACCGAAACCAGACGGUGCACCCCAGGAAAAUAAGAAAUCGGUACCUUCAAAGAAAACACCGUCUCAGAUGGGUGACGAAGAGGAGGAUGAAAGCAGCAUGAAGGAAUCUUCCGACUCAGAUACCCCGCCAGUUAGAGAGCACGCUUCAAAGCGAAAGCGCACUCGCUCCCAGAGGAGGGCGGCCUCGAAGCCUCCCGUGCUUCAGCGCACCCGAAUCUACGCGGAAGGAGUGUGCCACUCCGUCGAACUUAUCAGUGAGAAGUCGGUGGUGAAGGGCCUUGAAAGUCUCACAAACGCUGCGUGCUUCUGUGCUUCUACGAAAAGAAGCAAGAGCAGAAGCCACGCACCGAGCCUCGUGCAGAAGAUGGCUGACAUCAAGGACGUUCUGGACCUCAGCACCGUGAGCGAGGAAAACGAGAACGCCAUCAACGCCACUCCAAAAGCAGAGGCGACGCGAAAGAUGGAAAAUAUCAGCAAAAAGCUAUCAGAACUCAACUUUAAGCGAGCGAUUCUACAAAACGCCUCGCAGAAUGAGUCGAACCAGAAGAGGGCUGAACAAAUCAUGAAGCGGGUUCUCGCACUAAACAGGGCGGAAGUGUCCUUACAGAGAAACUUGAGCACACUGGCAUACACUAAUUCCUCCGUUCCAACGUUUGGAAGCAAGUCCGAGGAGAUUUUCAGCUCAAUUAACCGGGACAACUCGCACAGGGAAUCAGAACAUAUACUGCCCCAGUUUUCAAAGGAAGUGUUCAUGGCUAAAGUAAACCCGCUUCCUACAACAAUAAACACGCCGAAGCCGGGAAUAACUUACGAGGACACUCCCAAGUCGUCGCAUGACAUGGUUCACACUAAGACAGGUGUUACGGUCAACGGGCACAUGCUGCCUGACACCAACGCUACUCGCACGACAUUUGUUAUUACCGGGCCUGAUAAAACCCGAAUGAAGAUCCAGAUGGCCCGGCCAACCCUCAGCUCAGAGCCUUCCGAAGUACAAACGUUCGGUGAUGAAAAAUGUGCUGACUCCGAUGGCUCGUUUAAAACAGGAAAAGAAAACUCUGAUCGAAAGACGGUGUCCGAACCCAGCCUACUUAGCUCGAAACAUGUUAAUACGAAUAUCGAGAUAGAGUCGAGCAGCUUCCCGGAGCAUAUGUACAUCGCCCAACAACGCGAAGUGAUGAGCACAACGGCUGUGCCACUCAAAGACCAAUCCUCCGUGACGGACACAGAGGCCUUCAGAAUGGUGUUUCUGACGGCGCAAUCGAUGGGCAGGUCUUCGACAAACAACACAAUUGCAGACACAACACCGACUUCGGUGAUAACCGAUGACCAGGGGCAGCAUAUGGAAACCGCUCGAACAGCGCCGGCCGGUCCCAGCCUGGCAAGCGGCCCUCAAAACGUUCCGGCCCCACCUUUCCAGGCGCCGGGUUCAGAAAAAAAGUUUUCGUCACAACUACCUAUCAAAAUAAUUAAAAAAACGCUGGUGUUAGAAACCGUCACAAAGACAGUUAUCGAAAAGAAAGAAAGCUCCAAGGUUGUCACCGAUACUUCGACGGGUCUGGAGCACAAGGACACUCACCUGGAGUCCACUACAAAGGAAGAGGUUCAGAGUAAGCGAGAAGAGGAGUCGAUUGAAUCCUACGAUUCCAACAUCAGCGUGCUCCAGAGGUCGGCUGCCUUCAACGAGCAGGAACCUACCCCGGAGACCACGGCCAAAAGCACCGAGAGCAUACCGCGUUCCGCUCUGGUCAUGAAGGACGGCUCCGUUGCCACCUCGCCGUCGAUUUCAGUCGCUUCGGACAAGCCUAAAAGGAUCAAGCAGCCCGUGGCCAUUCGAGUCUAUGACGACACGAUGGUAGAGGAAGAACGUGAGAGCCCUUCCUUCUCUCUUGACGACCAGCAGGGCGACGAGCAGCAGUCCAGCCUCAAGCCUCUCGACGAUCCGAACGCCAUGUCGUCGCUUCCAGCGGAGCCCGACGAGAGGCGAAGGAUUGAGUUCCAGGAUUCGGAUGAGGUGAAGAUUUUCGAAGUUUCGACGCCGCAGAUGCCCAACACGGGAGUGGAGGAGGAAGAAGGGGAAGCAUCGCCCCCACCUCUUCGCUUCAAGCUCAACCGGAAAGACUCGAUCGCGGUGACAAAACUGCGCAUGCUCAAGGAGCACGAGGACUUGAGUGACGAAGACGUGGAGGACGAAGACGAAGGUAAAGAACAGGACAGUUUUUUAGCCAGUAAUACGGCCGGAGACGACAAGGCAGGCGCGACACACCAUCCGGUCUUCCAGGCUCCGACCGUGAUACCUAUCAUAGCAGAGACCUCAAUCGCAACAGAUGGUGGCGAUGAAGAAGGUUUGGAUUUGAAUGUGGCCCAAGAUAUGGCACAAGCUGUGCUGCCGCCUUCGCAAACCACAGAGACCACACAGGACGGCUCCGGUAACGCCACGCAGGACGAUGUUGCCACAGACAACAGUGUUGUCAGAGUCGACGGUGUCAUCAAAAGCGAUCAGGAUCAAGCCGGCCCUUCCCAACCCGUCACGACGAGCGAGUCAACCGAAUUUCCGAUAAUCCACGACGCUCGGAAGAACUCCACAGUCAAAGAGCGAAACAUAGUCUCCGAGUCCUCUGUCAACAGGUCGGUGAAGGAAAUAAAGAACAUAGAGAACUCUAUCGUAACGUCGGAGACUGAGGAAGUCUACUAUUACCCGAGGGAGAAGGUGACCAAGAAGCACAUCUCAGAGACAAAGGUGUUGACGGAAACUCGUUCCUACACCGAAAUUGUGAUAGAGCCGAACCUGAGCAAUUCUUCGUUCAAGAUGCCUGAUAUUCCGGAAGAUGACGAAUCACUCAAGGCUCUUCAAUCACACGGUGCUUUGGCGCAGAGUUUCUCAGAUUUGUCGAUGAACAGAAUGGCCAAGGAGCAACCGAAGUCUUUCAGCAAAGAAGCUAGCUUGUCUACCGAACCAAAAGAAACGGAGGAAUUCAGAGGGGCCCCGGUCAUUUUUCGCUCUCAGUCCGAAAACGCGACGAAACAGACGUCCGUUCCUACGCUAUUUCGGGAGCAGUUCGGCUUUGCCGAAAAGGUCGAACCGGUUAAUCAGAAACACUCUGUCGAGACCUCCGUGGACUUCGUUCCGUCCGAGCCGCGAGAGCCAGCUAAACGCGCUGCGAAAUGGUCCACCAAAAGUGGCGGCACCAACGCAGGGCCGGACGCGUUCGGGGAGAUAAAUGGGUCCGAGACUGCUUCGAGCGACUUUGAGACCUGCAAGGGACCCUCAGAUCGCCCUCCCUCAGAACUGUCGCCCUUACGGUCAGUCAGUGUUAGCGGAACAAAAGAUGAUGAAUUUUUUCCGGGACCCACAGACGAUGUUCCCGUAACGUUGGAACAACCGUCAGUGAGUCACUUGGACAAAACCCGAGAAACAGACAAUUCUGCAGAAUGGCCACUCGUCACAGUUUCUGCCGAAGUACCUUCCCAGGAAAGAAGCAAAGUGGCUUCGGAAGAGGCAAAAAUGACAGCUCUCUCUCAGCCUGACGACGGUACUUUAUUCCGACUCGAUCACCUAGGACCGCCUCAGGUCGUGAGAGGUGCUCUGAGGGCGGAGGCCGAAUGCGGCUCAAUCGGGCUUGCGCCCAGAGAAUUGGAGUCCCAUCCACUAGAAGAUGCUGCGUCGGAAUCGCAGCUAGACAAGGCAAGUGAACAGUUAACGACUGAUUCGCAUACGCGCAUAGGAUGGAUUGAAAGGCCAGAACCGGGAGAUGUGGGGAGCGGACGAUCAUUCGAAAUGUUCCUUCCAGAACCUCAGGCUCCUGAAACUCACGCCCUUGUCGCGAUAACUGCGGUAACACUUCCAACAGCGGAGAAUGGUCCGGCGUCCAGCGGCGCAGCUCGUGAAAAAGCUGCUCACGAGACGUUUGGUGAGAUGACGGUACCCAGAAACGUUGGCGAGCUGGCAUCCGUCGAGGUCCUAUACGAUUCCGACACGAAAGCAACGCCAUUUCACGAUAUGUCGCAGGUCGACACGGUACCGAAGACAACGGAACUAUUUGAAGGAGAAGGCGCGACAAAUGUGGUACAAACAAAACGAGGUGACUAUCUUUCUGAGCGUCCUUCGUCGACGGGAGUCCCAGCCGCGAGCAUGAAAACACUAGGUCAGUACACAUGGCAGCCUGAAGCCGUAAUUACCGAACAAGGAGCCGCGACUUAUUUUCUUGAGACAAUACCAGAGGCAAGAUCAUCAGAAACGGAAUUCCCUGGAAAAAAAGAACCUGAAAUAUCCGCCAUUGCGACCGGAACAUUGGGCCAAUCUGAGACGAACGAAGGGGAUAUGAAAAAAAUCCAACCUGUCAGUUUAAAGUUGACCCCUGACAAGCUGAUAGCAGAAGCUCCUCCCAUGGCAACAGCAACUUUGGGCAAGCUACCGAUCCCAGAUAUUAUCACGGGAGACAGCACUGCCCAGGACACGUCUCUGACUUCGAGGGAAUUCCUGUCAAUCUGCGGGACACCAAUGACAAUAUCGACCACCGCUAGCUUGAAGGCGGAAUUCGAGCCUCCUCCUGGAGGGGAUAUUCCUAAGACUAAAAAUGAAAAAAAUGCCCGAGGAGAGUCAACUUUUCAGGUCAGUUCUGAACGCGACGUUAUGCUCUUCGCACCUGAGGUCAAUCUGAUUACAGGAAGCACAACGAAAAGGUCUGCAGAAGCUGAACAACAGGAGUUCGCUGCGGGGCACGUAGACUCUCUCGGCCGAAUCCUAUCUGGACCGCGUGUUACACCUCCAUGGCUCAGACGUGCCGAUGUUACAGAGUCUGAACGGCCCAGUCUGAGCACACUCGACGAACUAGAGCCAACGACACUGUCAUACGAUUUCACAGAGGGUGCAUAUGCAUCUGCGGAAAGAUCGAAACCUAACUCCGUAGAGACAAGAGACAUCAAAGAAUUGCCUACGACAACGGUUGGGGAGGCACUGCCGGGAUCUAUAAAAGAAUUGGAUUCAGUGGCAUUGGAAUUACCCGAGGAACAUGAGGUAGCUAGUUCAGGACUAGCACCCGACACGGUGCGCACUUCAGUAGAAGAAGGAGAAGUCGCACGUCGGCUGAAUACAAAAUUACCUGAAGGACCGGUUGAACCAACUAUAACCACGCUGGGUGCUCCCGGUAGACCUCUAUAUGUUCAGAAAACGAAAUCGUUCAGAGAACAGCAAAUCAUGACGCCAACUGAAGACCUGAGCUUCAAUUUACUUUCGCAUAAGAGCGCAGAGCCUGAGGCAUCAUUCGUAGACACUUACAGAGCACCUGAAAUCCCGUUGAGCGCCGAAGAGCCCUCACUCUCAGCAAACGAAAUUGACGAAUCAUUGCAAUUGGCGAACUCCACGAAAGAAAUCGCGUCAUCUGCUUCUGCAGCAGAGCCCCCUGUUCUCUUAGAAGCUUGCCUGAAAACUCAUCUCCCAGAUGUCAUUGUUUGGCCGACAUCGCCCGUAUCAGAGGAAGCGUCUGGGAAAAUAACUGAAAGUGAGACUCCCCCAAGAGAGAAGCAGUUCAUGACACUCGAGGAAACUUCUGACUACUUGGAACAUGAAGAUGAAUCCCAGUCCUCAACACGCUCUCCUGAGUUGGCGGUAAUUACGUCUCUAGAGAGUGAUCCCAUCAAACAAAAGAGUUCGAUUGAGAAAGAAAUGUCAAUAUUUGAAUUAGAAGGAGAGUCCUCAGGAUCAUUGAAAUCAAGACUGGAAGCUCAACUUCCAGACGUGGUGCCUAUAGAGGAAAUAUAUGUAACGUCCACUGCGCCCGUGAAUACGCACACGAUGAUCUCAACAGGUCAACCAACAGAACUUUUAUCAACAUCUGCACCACUUGAUGUCCUACCCGACCUUGCCCAGGCGAGCAAAUUGCCUUCAAAAUAUCAAGAUGAGCCAUCGAUGGUGGUAGAGCGGCAGAUUGGUCCCCUGGAAUCAAGGUCGGAAGGCCGAAAGUUCGGAAAUGUAACUGACACAAAUACAGAUUUAGCCACGAAUGAAUGGCAACUUGUACAGAGAUCAGAAAACACACAAGUGGUUUCGCCUAGUGAAGGUGAAAUGACAGUAGUGGAAGCACCGGUUAAUACGACAUCUGGUACGGCUUCAGCUAGAGCAGAUGAUGAACUUUCCUCUAGCGAGGGACCUAUUGUUCCUUUAUUCGUACCCGAGCAAGAACGCUUCAACGGCAUGAAAUUGGAUAUCGGGAUCACGCUGAGUCCAGUAUACUGCGAUGAUAUAGGAAACAUGGGUAUGAGUCCUCAUGUUUCCCUAAAGCAGCAAGGACCUGUUCCUGUGGAAGCGCUUCGUGACGAUGUAAGGUCAAACCCGCUAUUCCCGGUGCUGGACGCUUCUGAUGAACUCGCAGUCAAUCAACACUUAGAUACAACCCACGAGUUACCGGAUGUGACCGUUCCUUUGCAUCUAACAUUGACCAGAAACAAGAGAAGUCAGGAAAAGAAUUACCUCGGGUAG